AUGAGUGGUCUGAUAUCAACUGUGGGUAAUUAUCAAUCCUACUUCAAUAAAGUAUUGAAAAAACGAUUGAAGUAUGUCAACAAUAUCGCUAUCAUUAUCGCUGUUGUUUUUUCAAUCACAUUGAAUAUUCCAUUUGGACAAUUCUGGUGGAACUUGUUAUAUACUACGUUCAGAAGUCCGAUAAUAUUCGUUAGUUUGUUCCUUAUCAAACAAUCAAGAACUAAGUUCUCUGUGGUGGAGUAUACCAAACAUAAAACGUUAAGUUCCCAAAUUUACUAUAGUAUAUUCUCCAUUACAUUCUUAAAGAAUUCGUUGUUUUAUAUCUUAUCAUCUUACUUUGUGUUUUUCAUCUAUAUUUUCCAAUUACCAUUCUGGUCCCAAUACUAUUUAGUAUCGAAGGAAUAUCGUAAGAAACCUGAAAUCAAUGAUGAAUGGAUUUUCUAUUGGUAUUUCCCAUUGGUUUUAUCUUUGCUUUAUAGUGGUCAACAUAUCGUAUUUCAAAGAAAUAGACUUAAUUUCCAAUAUGGAAGUUCAAAUAAAAUCAAACCGGAUAAUGUAUUAUUAGCUAAAGUACCUAAAUUAAUCGGUGGAUCUAUUGGAUUAAACUUGAUUAUCACAUUUUCAUCACCUAUAAUUUAUUGGAUUUUAAAACCCAUCAUUUAUAAAUCAAACUUUUUAAUCAUCCUAUUAUUCGGAUUGGAUCCAACCAUUCCUAAAUUCAAUCUUUCGUUCACGACGUUCUUAAGUAUUUCAUACCUUUCAUAUCAUGUUAUAUUAGGAUGGGAAUUAAUGAAUCAUGUAUUCAAUGUUUAUUCAACUAUUGGAUGUCUUGAUGGUAAGAAACCAAUCAGUACCUAUAGUUCUGAUCCAAUCAAUACUUUAUUAUCAGGCUUGAGAAAUGUGGAUGUGAAUUAUCAAUUAAGUCGUUUAACUGCUUUUCAAGAAUUGGCAUAUAUAUCAUCAUCAGAUGAUGCUGAAGCGGUUAAAUUAAGACAAGCAAUCUAUAAUGCCAGAUCAAGAAGAGGAUUCAUUUGGCCUGCAAUCUUGGAUGAAUGUUCGUUAGUGAUUAAAGAAACAACUGCAUCCAUAAAUUAUCGUUCAGCUUCCGAUUUAAAAGUUUUAAAACAACAUCAAUUAACUAUUAAAGAAGAAUUAAAGAAAUCUACAGGUUAUUCAAAAUCAAGUGAUGAUAGUGAUAUAUUUGGAAAUUCAAUCUAUGUCAGUAGUUCAGCUCCUUCUUCAUCUGGUAUCUCACCUGCCACCACUUCAACUGUCAAGCAAUAUAUUCCAGAUUCUUCUAAAAAUCCAACUUCUUUGGAAGCAAAGAUACUUGGAAGUAAAGCUUACAAAACAUUUGAAUCACAAGUUAUUAUACCAUUAAAGGCAUUCAUUGUUUCUGUUUUAGAUAAUAAUGCAGCUAAAUCAACUAAUAAAUCUAAAAAUCCCUUAAUUUCAAAUUUGAAACAAUCAAUUGAAAAAUUAACCAUCAUCAUAAACAAAUAUAAUCAAAAGUUUUUAUCAACUUAUGUCGGAGUCUUAUUCAGAAUAACUUUGAAAAGAGAUACUGAGACUAGAGUUAUCAACGCCGUUAAUUUCGGAAAUGCAGUCAUUGCUAUCUCAAAUUUAUUAAUUCAUUCAAUUGAAGAUGAUAAAAAUGGUAUUAUUACUGAUUCAAAUAUUUGUGAAAUUUUAAAUCUCCUUGAGAAACCAAUCAGAGCUACUAAUAAUUAUAUUGAAUUCUUACCAGCCUCAAUCUAUUUAACUGAUUUCCAAAAACAACGAGAAAAUAAAAAAUUAAUUAAUAAUCAUUUAAUUGGUGUCUUACAUGAUUUAGUCAUGAGUGAAUUCUUUCAAAUUUGUGUUAAGUUCAAUUAUAAAUUAAAUGAUUUGGUCUUAAAUGCUAGAACUUAUAAACUUGCAAAAUGGGUCAUUGAUGUGGCCAUUGCUGAUCAACAACUGCAACAACAACAUCAAAGAAGAAAAUUAGUAUAG